CCGCCAUUUUGGUUUAGAGGGACAUUUCGAUAGUCAGAAAUAUCAACGAUUUCUAAGCAAUAAAGUUAGUGAUUUUUAGUGAAAAACGGAGUUAAGGGACUGCAAGAGAGAUGGUUCAGCUGGGGCUUCGCUUUAUCUUACAGAAAGCCAUACCUAAACGUGCACAUACGGGUAUUUAUGCAGGGAAAGGUAUAAUGAUGGGUCACGUGGAAACUUUCUCUGGUAAAAAGACUAAACGAUCUUGGAAGCCAAAUGUCCAGCGCAAGAAGUACUAUAGUGAAGUACUAGAGAAAACUGUUUCUUACAACUUUACAACACACGCAAUGAGAUGCAUUGAUAAAGCUGGUGGUUUUGAUAACUACAUUCUGAAUACCAAGGACUCCAAGCUACAUUCAAGAGCAGCUAUAGACUUAAAGAAACUCAUGAAUAAAGUACUGGUAUGCAAGAAUGAGGGAAUGGAAAUAGAUGAAAUAAAAGUCAAGGUUUUCCCACAGCCCAAAGUCAGCUGUCACCAAUACAUACCAAAGGACUACACUGACAGUUUUUAUUUUGAUUGGAGAGGUCGAAAACAAAUAGUACAUUGUUAACUAGCAAAUAGAAUAAUAUGUCUGAUUAAAACUUGCACACAUUUCAAGUA